UUAAAAACGGAGGCCAAUUUUUACAAGAGGAAGUUUGUACCCCCUGAUCCGUUACUAAAUUUUAUAUCAUAUCCUUUAUACGUAUGUACAAAAAUCUGGGAUUGCUUUACAAGACUUUAUGCAAUAUUGAUUAGAGAAAACACUCAGAAAAAUAAUUCCAAAUACGUCUAAAUCGUUAGAUUUUGCUACAUAAAACGCAUUUCUUCUACUUAGUCUUUGAUAUCUUUAAUUUUAAUAGUAUGAAAUUAUGGCUAAUUACAGACAACCAAUUCGAACUUAUCAAAGGAAAACUGUAAGAAAACCUUUAAUAAAUAUUUCAUUAGUACCAUCUGUUAUAUUGACUCAAAAACAAAGAGUUCAGGAUGAUUAUUUUGAGAACAAUGAAAAUUGUAAUGAUUCCUUAAUUCAUGAUCCAUUUGAAACUACAUUUGACAGAAUUGCUAAAGGAGCAAUUGUACCUCCUUUACCAUUGGAUAUAAAUAAAAAUGAUUCAUGGAACAACAACAGCAGUGAUAGUGAUAUUAAUAAUGUAACAAAUCUUGUAAAAUCUCUUAAGGAUAUAUCGUGCAAUCUACCUAUACAUAAUGAUGUGUCGAAUUUAACAAAUAAAACCACUAAACAUACUCGCAAGUGCAGGAAACCACAGAAAUAUAUAAUGGAAGUUGUAUCAGAGCCAGAGAGAGUGCAUAAGAAGACAAAAAAAAUAUUAAAAAAAAAAGAUAGGAUACAGUCGAAGACAAAAAUACAGGCACGAAAAUUACAAACAAAUAAUAUACAAAAGCAAAAAGUAACACAAUAUAGACUGAAGUCUAGUCGUAGAUACAAUGAACAUAUACAUCAUUUUGAUACUACAAAUGAUUUGAAAGAUGCUGUACAUGAAGAUAUUUCAUAUGAUUAUAAUAAUAAAUGUUUGGCUCAGGAAGUUUUAAAGAUCAACAAAGAUACUACUAUAAUAUCACAAGUGACAUCUAAUUGUGCUAAUGAUUCUAUUGAAACUUCUAAACAUAUAGUGAAUUAUUACCAAAAUAUUAAACCAUGUUUCAUUAAGUUAGAUUCUAACACAGUCCAAAAUUGGCAUAUAUUGAAUCGUGAGAAAAUUGUGGACUCUACCAGUGAAGUAAAUGAGACAAAUACUUCACAUUUGGCUGUUGGACAUAAUUUGCCUAAAACUACAUUUCAUUGCAAUACUGAUAUUAAUAGUGUAAUACCUGAUGCAGAAAGAAAGAAAGCAUAUUUAAUAAAAGAUAGUUUUAUAAAAAUAGAAAGAUUGAACACAGAAAAGUUUGUUAAGAAAAAAAUUACUCUAUUGAACAAGAAAGAGAAAUAUAUGGUUUCUAGUACUCCUACUGACAAACAUAUAAGAUCUUCCACUUAUCCACUAUUGUCUCCUAUCGAAAAUAUUCGUGAUACACUAAAUACGAGACAUAGAAAUUCAAUAAUAACGGAAAAAGAAAAUGUUUCUAUCGAUAUAUCUCUCGAACGAAAAGACUCUAUUCGCUCGUUAAUUUCAUCAGGAUGCUAUAAAACUGAUAUUACAAGUAUGCAGGAACAGCAGACAGAAAUUUUACUACCUCAAAAACUAUCAAUUGCUACAGAUUUCGCUGUUAAAGACAAAAUAAUAUCAUCCAAUGAGGAUGUACAUCUAGCUCUUAGGCAAGAAUAUGUUCAAAGCGAUUUAAGAACAGAGCUUCCACCUUCUUUAAACAUCUCCGCAGGCACGGAUCGCUCACGAUCGUUAUUUGGCGACACAAUAUAUAACUGUGAUCAUUCGAUGGAGAAUAUUGUUGGACAUAAUAUAGAAAAGAAAUGUAUUAUGGAUGCAUCAGAAAACAAGUUUACGAAAAUCUUGAAUAUAACAGCUGCCUUACAUUCAUCCACUGAUUUAAAUUUAAAGCAAAAAAAAGAAUCUGUAACCAAUAAUGUAAAUACCGGUAUAAGUAUGGAAUAUAUGUCUCCUAAAAUACAUACUCCAAUUAAAACAGAGAUAUCUGAAAAUUUAAAUAACAUUGGAUGUACAAGACAAGAAUAUAAAGGCCAAGAGAAGCAAUGUACAGAAAUGAAUCCCCUGGAAAUAGUCUGCAAAAAUUCUAAAAAUGAAACUGUUAACGAUAGUAAACAUAGUUUUUUCAGUAAUAGCAGAAAUGAAUUAUCUAACGCUGUUAAUGUUCACGUACUGCUUACAAAAUUGCAAGAUCCAGUCAGAAUUACAAAAAGAAUGCGAUAUUCUAAAUGGCAUCCGAGUGUAUCAAGCAUGUCAGAAAGCUUAAAUAACAAAUCGAGUACACUAUCAAAUAAUGAAAUGCUCCAUUACGUUGCAACCAAUGAUUGUUCUAACGUCCCAACAAUAGAAGAUAAUUUGGAGCAUUCUAAAAAUGCGAUAAAUUCAUCUCUCGACAAUUCUAAAUUAUUCGAUGACGCGAUUAAACAACGACACAACAACAAUACAAAUAUGCAAGUACAAAGAUCUGUUUUUCUCAAACCGGGCAAGUGUUGGGCUAGAUCUUUAUCAAUAUUAAGUAACGUAAAUCCUAGAUGUGAUUUGGAUAAACUAUGUGCUGGAAAAGGAAAAAAGUGGAGACACAGCGUUAAGCAUAUAUUAGAUAUGCAGAAACAAGGAAGUUUUGGAAGCUACUUGAAAAAGGAUCAGGAUGAUAGAAAUUUGUCUUGUGGAGGACUCAAUACAUCGAUUAUAUCAUCAUUGAGCGACAAGUGUAAAACAGCUAACUAUGGUAGAUUUUCUAAAAGAAUUUCAGUACGAGUAGUACUUAAUGAUAAUGCAAGUAUUAAGUGUGAUAUAAAAAAUGCUCCAUUCCUCGAAGCUUUUGGAAUAACAGUGGAGAAUUCACCUACAAAAUUAAAAGAAUUAUAUGAAAAGAAAUUAUCGAUACACAAUAUUGGAUACAACAGCAAAGACGAACUUUUUGGAGAUCAUUCAGCAACUGCAAAAGACAUUGUUUUGCAGAGAUGCUCACAGAAACAUUAUUUACCUUUCUCAGACUGCUUCCCAGAUUCAUAUUUAGAACAUUGUCGUAAAAUUGGCGAAGGUGUUUAUGGAGAAGUCUUCUUGUACGAACAUGAUGAUGAAAAAUCGGUUAUAAAAAUUAUUCCUAUAGAAGGCGAAGCCGUGGUAAAUGGGGAGCCACAAAAAAAAUUUAGUGAAAUAUUAUCCGAAAUUGUGAUUGCAGAGGAAUUGCAUAAUCUGAGAUCACACUCUACAUAUAGGACUAGUGCGUUUGUGGAAGUUCGAAGUAUCAAAUGUAUUAUAGGUAAAUAUCCAAAGAAACUUGUAAAACUUUGGAACAUUUACGACGACGACAAAACAUCUGAUAACGAUUGCCCAUCAAUGUUUGGGGAAAAUCAAUUGUAUAUCGCUCUUGAACUCGGUCAUGGAGGCAAAGAUCUCGAAGCUUUUAUUUUCCAAACUGCGGAAGAGGCUUAUACUUUAUUUUUACAGACUGCAUUGGCAUUAGCAGUCGCAGAAAAAGCAUUCGAAUUCGAACAUAGAGACUUGCAUUGGGGCAAUGUAUUAAUAUCAAGAACUAAAGAAUCAUACGUAUAUUAUAACUUGAAUGGAAAAGAAAUAAAAUUUCCUAGCAAUAAUGUGAAGGUAUCGAUUAUAGAUUAUACUCUAUCGAGAAUAGCAUACCAAGGAUGUUGCAUAUACAAUGAUCUUGCUCUGGAUCCAGCUUUAUUUACUGCCCGUGGCGAAUAUCAAUUUGAGAUUUAUCGUCUUAUGCGCGACAAAAUCCAGAAUAAUUGGCAGAAAUUUGAACCAUAUACAAAUGUUUUAUGGUUACACUACACUUUGGAUAAGAUGAUAACAGCGGUAAGAUACAAGAAGAAAACCUUGAAAGUGCAUAAACAAGCUAUUAAAAAAUUAAAAGUACUUAAAGAAACAAUUUUAAAUUAUGAAAGCGUAUACAACUUUGUAAAUGAUUCUAAUAACAUUACGCAAUACAUAUCGAUAUAAAAAACGUUUCUGCAAGAAAUCAGUAAUAAAUAAUAUAUAAUAUGAUAAUAAAUAAGUAUACAUAUAUAAUAUUUACGAGCUUUAUUUUGUAUCUAAUUUUGGACGUUAUAUGUUAAUAAUAUUAGAUUUGUAUUAAAGAAACUCACAUUUUUAUGUUAAAAUAUAUAUUUAAUAUUAUUUAUAGUUCUUUAAAAAAAUUUGUCAAUAAAAAAUACCUGUAGCUACGUUUCUAACGACCAUUUGAGAAAUAGGAAAUAUGAAAAAAAUAAAUUGAAAAUAUAUUAUCAUAUAUAGGCUAUAAUUUUCAA